UAGCGGUCGCAUAUCAAGUUGCUCCCUGUCCCGGCAGAGGAAGAUAGGGCGCUGAGGGUCUAGUCUCCAGCCUGCUCCCCAUUAUAUCCUUUGGAAGAGGAAACUUUGUGAAUUGGGACCCCAAGUUUUGGGGAAACUGGGCUUGCGGCGCGGGGGGACAGAGGAGACUCCUGGGGAGGUGAGGGAGUACGUCCAACAGCUUCCCCCAUGGAGCCCACUCAACCUGCAGAGGACCUCAUCCUGACCGAGCAGCCCCCUGCCUCAGAACUUGGGGACCCCGAAGACCCCGGGGAUGAAGCCCCAGAUGGCUCAGAGACUGUGGUCCUCAGUCUCUUCCCUUGCACCCCGGAGCCUGAGAAUCCUGAACCAGACGCCAGUGUCUCCUCACUGCAGACAGGCAGCGCCCUGAAGCACUCUACAACCCUCACCAACCGGCAGCGGGGGAAUGAGGUGUCGGCCCUGCCGGCCACCCUAGACUCCCUGUCCAUCCACCAGCUCGCGGCCCAGGGGGAGCUGAGCCAGCUGAAAGAGCAUCUGAGGAAAGGAGACAACCUCAUCAACAAGCCGGACGAGCGUGGCUUCACCCCACUCAUCUGGGCCUCUGCCUUUGGAGAGAUCGAGACCGUCCGCUUCCUGCUUGAAUGGGGUGCCGACCCCCACAUCCUGGCCAAGGAGCGGGAGAGCGCCCUGUCACUGGCCAGCACGGGUGGCUACACAGACAUUGUGGCGCUGUUGCUUGAGCGCGACGUGGACAUCAACAUCUAUGACUGGAACGGAGGGACGCCCCUGCUGUAUGCUGUGCGUGGGAACCACGUGAAGUGCGUUGAGGCUUUGCUGGGGACCCUGGAGCCACAGUCUUCAGAGGAGACUGAGCCUUGGAGGGGUUGGGCUCUUGUCCAAGGCCACAUGGGCAAAGGGCAGGCCCAUGGCUGCAUCGUGAGGGCCCGAGGUGCCGACCUCACCACUGAAGCCGACUCAGGCUACACCCCGAUGGACCUUGCUGUGGCCUUGGGACACCGGAAAGUGCAACAGGUGAUCGAGAACCACAUCCUCAAACUCUUCCAGAGCAACCUGGUGCCCGCCGACCCCGAGUGAAGGCCACCUGCUGGGAACUCAGACACUCAGGGAACAAAACAGUCGACUCAGAGCUGGGGGAACCCAGAACUGGCUUCAGAGGCAGCUCUUGGACAGGCGGUGGGAGGGGACCCUUCCCAACAGGAACCAAUAAACCUUCUGUGCAG